AUGAAGAUUCCUGACUCGCAAAACUCAUUCAACUUACCUCUCAAAACCCACCAUUCCUGGGACGAUGAACAUCUUACCUCUUUCGAGGUUCAAUCCUGCUGCGUGGUGGACUUUCAAUCUGUCAAGCAAAUGGUAGCACUUUGGGAAACUCACCUGCCCCGGGUGGAAAUGUUCCACAAAGUCAAAAGCAACAACAACGUCCGUCUCCUCGCCGAUCUUGCCGAACUGGGCCUGCAAUUCCAGUUGACUUCUAAGAAAGACUUUUCCGCCCUCGAGUCCGCUGGAUUGUGCCCUUCCAGCUCCGUCCUCAUCAGCCCAGCAAAAAUGAACUCGCUGCUCAGAGAAGCAGAGAAACAAUCGGUCCCGCUCUUGUCCUUUGAUUGCGAAAACGAACUCGUGAAAAUUCGCAAAACUCAUCCAGACGCUCAACUUUUGCUUGACGUUUCCUCUUUUCAAUUCCCUCAAGCGAUUGAUAGCUGCCAAUCUCUGCUAGAACGUACUGCUUUGUUGGGAAUGAAAGUAGCCGGAGUGUGUCUUGACGAAACAUCUCUUGGAGAUGUAGAACUGCUCAAAGCCGAGCUCUUCAAGUGCGUGAAAGUCGCGAAAAUAGCGAAACUCUUUGGACACGAGCUGAAGAUUCUCCAUCUUGGAGCAAUCAUUUACGAAGAACUUCAACUCUUUGAAGCUUUCAGUGCUGAGCUCUCCACGCUCUUGGACGAUCACUUUGCCAACUACAGAAUCAUGGCGAACACGACGGAGUUCCACCUUGGCGAGCCUCUCGCCAUCUUGACUCCUGUUUUGUCGACGGAAGCAGUGCCCGACCAGGGUGUCCAGGUCCAGCUGAAUACCAAGCUCAAUUCCUUCAACGCCGAGCAUUUGCCGACCAUUGUCACAAGUAAGAGAAACCAGCGAUAA